UUUGGGAUACGCGAGGAUACUUCAAGAUACGGUCAGGAUACUUUCGGGAUACGGCGGGCAUAAAAAUAAUUUUAAAAACUUAUAAAAGGGUCAAACUAUAAAAUAACAAAAGUAGGUAAAAUAAAAAAAAAACAAAAAUAAAACAAAUCAACCAAACCCUACCUAGUCGCGACAGCAACAGCAAAGGAGGAGAGGAGUCGUAGUCAUCGUCGUCUCUAUCAAAUAGCAGCUCGUGGUUGUCUCUAUCAAACAACAGCUCGUCGUCUCGUCGAACAGCAGCUCGUCGAUCGAUCAGGGAUUCAAAAUGGGUAAAUUCUCAAAGCGGCCAAGAAAAGAACAAGAUAGUGAUGCUGGUUCGCAAGAGGAUAGUGAAUCAGAAGAGAUGCUAAAUGUGGAGAAUGAGUAUGAUGACGAUGGCAAUGAAUAUAGCGAUGACAAUGAUGAGGAAGAUGAUAGUGUGGAGGAAAAUGAGGAGGACGAAGAUGGUGAUGAUCAAAAUGAUAUCCGGAAGGACGUUGAGAUGGAAGAACUCGAUAAAGAAUUGACAGACCUCCAUCACCAGGAGCAAGACCUUUUGAGGAAUCUAAAGCGUCACAAGGAUGAGGAUCUUCUUAAAGGUCAAGCAGUCAAAAACCAGAAGGUUCUCUGGGACAAGACUCUUGAGUUGAGAUUCUUGCUGCAAAAAGCAUUCUCAAGUUCUAAUAGACUUCCAAAGGAACCACUCAAGUCUUCAUUCUGCGAUUCAGACAGUAAGGUGAAUGAAGCAUAUUCAGAUCUGAUUACCUCAUCUAAGAAGACUUUGGAUUCUCUACUGGAAUUACAGGAGGCAUUACUUGAGAAGAAUCCAUCCAUUGCUCAAGCUGCAGAUGGUAACUCCGGCCAACCUCCCAAGCGUUCAGAAGUUUCUAGGAGCUCAAAUGGAGAUGAUGAUGAAGAAUGGUCACAAAUAUCUGAAAUGCACUCAAGAAUAGCUCAUUUUAGAAACAAAUCGAUAGAUAAAUGGCAGAGGAAGUCCCAGGUGACAACUGGUGCUGCUGCUUUUAAAAGCAAAUUACAUGCCUUCAAUCAGAAUAUUAGUGAGCAAGUUGCUGCUUAUAUGAGGGAUCCAAGUAGAGUGAUAAAGGGAAUGCAGCAGAGCAGGUCGACUGUUGCUAUAUUUGGGAUUGUUCCAGAUGCACAGAGCAAUACCAAGGAACAGGACACAAAAGUGGAUGGUGACCCCGAGCUUCUGGAUGACUCUGAAUUUUACCAGCAGCUACUGAAAGAAUUUUUUGAGACAUUUGACCCAGCAUCAUCUGAGUCGACCUUUUAUGCUCUCAAGAGAAUGCAAACUAAGAAAAGGAAGAUUGUUGAUCGACGUGCCUCAAAGUCUCGCAAGAUCAGGUAUAAUAUACAUGAAAAGAUUGUCAAUUUCAUGGCGCCUCAGCCCAUGCAGGUUCCUCCCAUGGCCCCCAAGUUAUUUGAAAAUUUGUUCGGCCUCAAAACCCAGAAACCCGUCUCUGUGGAGUAGCACAACCUGAUGAUAAUAGGGCUUCGAAUUUUUGUGAUCUUACUUGAUAUAAUUGCUCAUUGAUGUGGUGUAUCCAAUUUUGUUUUGUUAUGUUUUUUU